UGUUGGGCGCAGAGACGCAUCUUUUCUUGAACGUAGCUUCUAGGAAGAAUAAACGCAAUCAUGAGUGGACGUGGAAAGACCGGAGGCAAAGCCAGAGCUAAGGCUAAGACCCGCUCAUCCCGUGCUGGACUCCAGUUCCCGGUGGGUCGUGUCCACAGGCUGUUGCGGAAAGGAAACUACGCCGAGCGCGUUGGAGCCGGAGCCCCCGUCUACCUGGCGGCUGUGCUCGAGUACCUCACCGCUGAGAUCCUGGAGCUGGCUGGAAAUGCCGCCCGCGACAACAAGAAGACCAGAAUCAUCCCCCGCCACCUGCAGCUGGCUGUCCGCAACGACGAAGAGCUCAACAAACUCCUGGGCGGCGUGACCAUCGCUCAGGGCGGUGUGCUGCCCAACAUCCAGGCGGUGCUGCUGCCCAAGAAGACCGAGAAACCCGCGAAGGCCAAGUAAAGCUUCAGGCCCUCAAACCGCUGAUCAGCAGCCCCACAACGGCUCUUUUAAGAGCCAACCACUCCUCUCGAAAAGCUUUUUUUCCUGAUCGAUGCAUUGUAAUUAAAUGCUGGUCUCAAAGUUGA